AUCAUUCUAAUCGACACUACGCGUGAGUCGGUAUUGUCCUUUGACAAAAGAAAAAAAUUUUUCUCGAAAUGCCGCCAAAAGCUAGUGGUAAAGCCGUGAAAAAAGCCGGAAAGGCUCAAAAGAAUAUUAGUAAAGCUGACAAGAAGAAAAAAAGGAAGAGGAAGGAAAGUUACGCCAUUUAUAUAUAUAAAGUACUCAAACAAGUUCAUCCUGAUACCGGAAUAUCCAGUAAAGCUAUGAGUAUUAUGAAUAGUUUCGUCAACGACGUUUUCGAACGUAUAGCUGCCGAAGCUUCGAGAUUGGCUCAUUAUAACAAACGCUCGACUAUAACUUCUCGAGAGAUACAAACUGCUGUUCGACUUUUACUUCCAGGUGAACUCGCUAAACACGCAGUUAGCGAAGGCACCAAAGCUGUCACCAAAUAUACCAGUUCGAAAUGAACUGUUUUAUAUAUGGUGCAAACGGCCCUUUUUAGGGCCACAAA